UUAUGUGACUUACGAGCCACACUCAGUCAUAUAACAUGGGGGGCUGUCAUUUCUUUUCAUUUUUACUUGGGUCCUUAAAGUUGAAGCCUCUCGAAACUGUUACUUUUUGAAAACCAGUUAAUGCGCGCCUCAUUUUGCAGACCCCUCUGUUUUACCUUCUCAGAAACCUUAGUCAAACUUCGAUGCUUUGAUUUCUAUUGCCGAUGUUAUAAAACCCAGAUUGCAUUUUCAAGAACCCAUCAUGCAAAACUCACUUCUGAUGAUUCACAGCUUCUUCGUUGUCUUUCCCAAAAUCUAUUUGGAGAGGCACGCAAGCUGCUUGAGAAAUUGCCUGCAAGAAAUAGCUAUGGCCGUGUUGUUCACUGGACUUCUUUGCUUACAAAAUACUCGAGAAGUGGUUGCGUUGAUGAGGCUCGGAUGCUCUUCAAGAUCAUGCCGGAGAGGAACAUUGUGACUUAUAAUGCGAUGUUGUCAGGGUAUGUCCAAUCUGGGAGGUUGAAUGAGGGCUGGCGGUUCUUUGAAGAGAUGCCAGAGAGAAAUGUUGUAUCGUGGACUUCAAUGCUCUGUGGGUUCGCAGAUGUGGGGAGGAUUGAUGAGGCGCGGGGAUUGUUUGAUGCGAUGCCAGAGAGGAAUGUUGUUUCUUGGAAUUCCAUGAUUGCUGGGUUGAUUAGGAAUGGGGAUUUGGAUGGAGCAAGGUGGGUUUUUGAGCAAAUGCCGACGAAGAAUGUUGUUUCUUGGAAUGCCAUGAUUUCUGGGUAUGCUGAGCAUUGUAGAAUGGAAGAAGCAAGAGUGUUAUUUAAUGAGAUGGUGGAUCGGAAUGUGAUUACAUGGACUAGCAUGAUAUCCGGUUACUGUAGGUCUGGCAAUGUGGAUGAGGGCUAUUCAUUGUUUCAAAAAAUGCCUGAGAGGAAUGUUGUUUCUUGGACAGCCAUGAUUGGUGGCUUUGCUUGGAAUGGCUUCUAUAAAGAAGCUCUAUCACUAUUUCUUAAAUUGAAGGGGAACUGUGACACAAAACCGAAUGGAGAGACCUUUAUAUCUCUUGUAUAUGCUUGUGCAGGUAUUGAUUUGCCUAAUCUUGGCAAGCAACUACAUGCUCAGUUGAUUGUGAACAGUUGGGAGUAUGAUGAUUAUGAUGGCAGAUUAUCAAAGAGCCUCAUUCACAUGUACUCAGCCUUUGGUAUCAUGAAUUCUGCAUACUUUAUUUUUAUCAAGAAUUCUAGUAAUUGUACAGCUCAGUCUUGCAAUUCCAUGAUUAAUGGUUACAUACAGAUUGGACAGCUAGACCAGGCUCAACAUUUCUUUGACAAUCUACCUAUCCGAGACAAGAUCUCUUGGACGUCUAUGAUCACUGGGUAUUUUAGUGUUGGACAAGUAUCAAAGGCUUGUUAUCUUUUCCAGAUCAUGCCAGAUAGAGAUGCAGUUGCAUGGACAGCGAUGAUUUCGGGGCACAUCCAAAAUGAGCUUUUUGCAGAAGCUACCGAUUUCUUUUCAGAAAUGAUGUCAGAAGGUGUUUCGCCUCUAAAUUCAACAUAUUCAGUUCUUCUUGGAGCUGCUGGUGCAAUGGCAUAUCUUGAUCCUGGGAGACAGUUCCACGGCCUGCUGAUAAAAACACAAUAUGAAUCUGACUUGUUUAUUAACAACUCACUGAUUUCCAUGUAUGCGAAAUGUGGGGAGAUAGAUGAUGCUUACAUUGCAUUCUCAAACAUGAGUUUGCGGGAUUUGAUUUCAUGGAAUUCCAUGAUCAUGGGGUUCUCAGACCAUGGACAUGCGAAUGAGACUCUGAAGAUCUUUGAAUCCAUGGUGAAAUCUGGGACCCGCCCAAAUUCUGUCACUUUUUUGGGCAUACUAUCAGCAUGUAGCCAUGCAGGGCUUGUCCAUAGAGGGUGGGAGUUUUUCAAUGCCAUGAGUAAUAUUUAUGCAAUUCAACCAGCUUUGGAGCAUUAUGUUUGUAUGGUUAAUCUUCUGGGCAGAGCUGGGAAGGUAAAAGAAGCAGAAGAAUUCGUUUCAAGGCUACCUUUCAAAUCAGAUCAUGCUGUUUGGGGGGCAUUGCUUGGUGUAUGCGGGUUUGGUGAAACGAAUGCUGAGGUUGCUAGGUCUGCAGCCAAACAACUCCUGGAGCUGGAUCCUUUAAAUGCACCUGCCCAUGUGGUGCUUUGUAACAUAUAUGCCGCUAAUGGUCAGCAUAUUGAGGAAAAAUUGCUGAGAAGGGAGAUGGGAUUGAAAGGAGUGAGAAAGGUUCCUGGAUGCAGUUGGAUUGUGCUGCAAGGAAGAGUUAAUGUCUUCCUCUCAGGAGAUAAAUUACUUCCACAAGUGGAUGAGAUGCUAUCACUUGUAUUUGGGACUAUUGGUCAGAAUCAUAAGAUGGGUAGAAAUAUGUGUAUAUACAGUUAAAAGAGCUUCAUUUGAUCAAUUCCAGAGGGGGAUUCGAACUUGGGGCCUC